AUGUCCAACCCCACUGAGGCAGAGCUCAUCCACAUCUUUAAAGGGAUUCCCUUUACCACCAGGUCUUCUCCAGAACUUUUAAAAUCCUUGGAUGGUUUUGAUGCUAGAGAAGAUGAUGUCCUUUUGGUUUCCUACCCCAAAUCUGGCACCCACUGGCUUGCAGGAGUUAUAAAAAAGCUUUAUGAUACUCAAGUUACAAUAACAUCUCCCAUUGAACUUGGAGACAUUUCCAACCUAGAGGAGCUGAAUAAAAUGUCAUCAAAGAGAAUCAUCCCAACACACUUAGACUACAACAUGUUACCUGCAAAUUUUAAGAACAAGAAAUGCAAGAUGAUCUACAUCAGCAGAAAUCCAAAAGACAUUGCAGUUUCCAUGUAUCAUUACUACAGGGAGAACCCAAACCUUCCCACUAUAGACACCUGGACUGCUUUCUUGGACGUGUUCUUAAAAGGAAAUGUUGUCUGUGGAUCCUGGUUUGAUCAUUUCCUAAGUUGGGAAGAGCAUGAAAAUGACAAAAACAUCCUAUUUUUGUUCUAUGAAGACAUGCAGAAGGAUCUCCCUAAGGUUGUAAAGGAAAUUACUUUGUUCUUGAGUUUAAAUGUCAGUGACAAUGUUAUCCAAGACAUCUGCAAGAAGUCCUCGUUCUCAGAGAUGAAAAGUGACACAGAAAAGGAGAACAAUGAUCCCAGUCACACCGUGUGUUCAUUGACAUCCAACAGGAAUCUGAUUUUCCGAAAAGGUGCUGUUGGUGAUUGGAAGAAUCAUUUCACUCCAAAGCAGAAUCGUAGGUUUGAGGAGAUAUUUAACGAGAAAAUGAAACUCAGCAAGAUGGCAAAAUGUCUCAUCUAUGAAAUUUGA